AUGUCCGUGGCGAUGGAGGCCGUUCAUGACUUCUACCUCAAGGAGAACUUCUUCACCAGUGGUGUGGCAGGGACCAACCGCAAAGGUAGCAACACGCGCACCAUCCCGGCCGCCAGGGCAGCCGUAGGCCAGGACGCCGUCUUUGUGUCGUUGCGAGGCAUCCCGCCCUACCUCUACCGCCCCUUCUUCGCCGACUUUGGUCCGCUGGACAUGAGCUGCUGCGUGCACUUCGCGCGGCGCCUCUGUGAGCUGCUGCGGGCAGUGACGGGAUUCGAUGUGUGCACCUCCUCCGCAUCCGCUGCUGCUGCAGGAGCCUUUGACAGCGGCGCCAACUCAGGGACCACUGCCCCUGCCCACAGAAAGCGGGGUGGAAGAGGACAGUCCGCAUCGGCGUCGUCUUGCUCCCCGAGCUCCACCUCGGCGGUCUUCACGGCCUCCUCCUCCGGUUGCCCUACUGCGACCACGCUGCCAGUGGUAGUGUGCGCCAGCCUCGACGCGCAGGAGCGCGUGAAUACGGCGUGUCUGGUCGGCGCUUUCUGCGUGUUGUGCCUCGGCUGGUCGGCCGUGGAGACGUGGUAUCGCGGCUUCGUCGACAUCUACCCCGGCUUUCUCGCCUACCGCGACGCGAGCCAAGGCGUGUCGAACUACCCUCUCUCCUUGAUCGACGUGUGGGCCGGGCUCGAGCAGGGCGUGGCCCUCGGACUCGUCAACGUGCACACGUUCGACAUUCCGGCCUUCCUGGAAGGCAAGCAGCACGACUACAGCUGGGUGGUCCCUCGUCGAUUCCUGGCCAUGAGCUCCCCGCAAGACGACAAGUCCGCGCGCACCGCUGAGGUGUUCGCACGGCGGCUGCGCCCGUUAGGUGUGCGGCUUGUGGUGCGCCUCAAUGACAACCUCUACAACCCGUCGCCUCUUCUACGGCUGGGCAUACGACACGUUGACCUGCCAUACGCCGACGGCAGCGUGCCGUGCGACGCGAUGCUGCUGCGAUUCCUGCAGGCGGUAGAGGAGCACUUUGGUGAAUCAGUCACGCCGGUCUCGCUGCAAGAGUGGUGGUCGGUGCCAUCGUCGUCCACCGCGACGGCGCGAGCGGGCAGUGCAUCCAAGAAAGCUUCCUCAGCUCGUGCUAGCCAUCGGAUGCCGUCGCUGCAGCCAUGCUCACUCAUGCACUCGGGCACGUGUCGCGGCAUGCCGGAGGCGUGGACGGCAGUUCCUCCAUCGGCGCUGCGAUUACCCGCUCGGCGCCCGGACUCCGCCCACGCGAACGGCACGCAGGGCCACGACACCUGCGCCUUGGCGCCAGGUGACAAGGGUGCUGUAGCGGUGCACUGUCUCGCUGGCCUGGGCCGCACGGGCACCAUGCUCGCCGUGUACAUGAUGCGUCACUACGGCUUCACCGCGCGCGCCGUAAUUGGGUGGAUGCGACUUUGCCGGCCAGGCAGCAUCACCGGCAUUCAGCAGCAGUACCUUGACGCGAUGGAGCGACGCCUGCGGCCGCCGCCGCACAUGCUGGUCGCGCUGCAGCUGAACUCGGCAGCCAAGCUGUACGGCGCUUCCAGCGGAGGGAGGCGAUUUGGGCUCCCGUCGCGACGCACACGCUCGUCGUCCCCGUCGUCCUCGUCCGCCAUCUCCUCCACGUCUGUGAUGACAAGCGCGGCAGCCGCAGCGCAGGCAACGCGCGGAAGGGACGGAGCGGUGGCGCUGGGCGGAAACCAGCUCCGCGCUUUACCGCAGUCUCCCCUGGGAAAGGCGACAAUGGACUGCAUGCGCUCGACCGCUGCUGUGACCGCCUUUCAGACACACGGCAACGUCGUUGCGGAUGCGCUGCCGGCGACGGCGACGGCGGCGAGUAUUGUGGGCGGCCACAGUGGGCGCGGUGAUAGUGGCCGCACGAACGCGAUGGCCGCUCGAGCAGCGUUGGAUGUCGCCAGCGACAUCGGCACGUUUACGGACCUGGUGGCGUGGACCGAUCUCAUGGGACUGCGCGGGACGCAGCAACAGCGGCAGCAGCUGCUGAUGCGCCGCUUCAGCACCAGCAGCACUGCCACACUUUCUCUCAGCACAAACCAGGCAGGUGUGGAAGCCCUCGAUGUAGUCGCACGUAUGCCCGUUCUCGGAGACGACAAUCCGCAGAACAGGAGCACGGCCACGGCGUCACUGAAGCGCGGCUCUGCCACUGCCGCCGCCAGCGACCACAAGGCUUCCAACCACCCGUCGCCUCGCGCGGAUGACUACAAGUACGCCUCGACGUACUUCGUGGCGAUGGAGGAGGCGGGCGAGCUGCCGCGCGUAUACCCGUGGUCUAACUCCUCCGCUGCCAGAGGCGGGCCACGGGCAGCCCACGGCGGUGGUCCGCGAGGGGCGCGCCAUCUCGGCCGUCCCCGCUUAAGCGAAUCCAGUAUCGGAAGUGAUGCAAGCCGAGCGAAGGAGGCUCGCACAGCGCCAGCGUCGGCGGACAGCUGCCUCCGCCCCCGCCAUGGUGUCACCAGCGCGCUGCAGCGGCGGCGGCCCUACACGGCGGCGGCAGCGGUAAGCGCAGGGCCUCGGCUGUACGCGAAGCGAUAUCCGACCCAUUAUGAGCGCGGUGGUGCCGUCGACAGCAGUGAUACAGGCAUCCACGCACGAGGCGACACGCCGCCGUGUUCUGACCUCUCCGAACAGAUCCAGCAGCCCCCUCGCCCCCGCCAGGCAGCAACACGCCCGCGAGUUGGGUGGGAUGACCAGGGAGCUCAUCGCGCACAAGCCGGCCAUACAAAGGCUGACGACACCGCAGCUGCAGAUCUCCACGGUGACGUCAAGCUACAAACGCCUCACCCACCAUCGGCGCCGAUGCGCUCCUCUCUGCAACGCAGAGAUGGCGGUGUGACAGACCUGGAGAAUGGCCCGCGCUCGUCGCCGGUGCUAAGCCGCUCAUCACUGACGAUCCCUGCAACGUCGCUGCCCAUGUGGGGACGUCCAAUGCUUCGCACAUGA